UGGAGACUAGACUACACCUUGUCCGCCGCAUGUUUUUGUGUAAGGACGCGUUUAUGACAUGGCCGAGCUGCACAUUAUUGGCCAGAUCGUAGGGGCAACUGGUUUCCCACAGAACAGCCUUUUCUGCAAAUGGGGAGUUCACACAGGAGGAGCAUGGCGUCUCCUCUCUGGGCUUAAGGAGGGUCAGACCCAAGUGGAUAUUCCCCAAACAGGAGACAUGGCGUACUGGAGUCACCCCAUUGAUCUGCACUUCGCGACCAAAGGACUCCAGGGCUGGCCAAAGCUUCACCUACAAGUGUGGCACCAGGACUCUUUCGGUCGCUGCCAAAUGUACGGUUACGGCUACUGCCAUGUCCCGUCUAGCCCCGGACAUCACCGGAUGAACUGUGUGACCUGGAGGCCGCUCGGUUCUUGGCAAGAGCAGUUGUCGCAAAUGUUUGUCGGCGGAGGUCCCCAGUUACGGAGCCCGGAUCUGGUGUACAGCGGGGCGGACAGAUACAGACUGCACACCGAAGCCAUGGGAACAGUGGAGCUGGAGCUGGGCAUUAUAAUGAGACACUUUGACAAAUAUGGCGUCGAGAGUUAACAUGGGAACAAUUGAGAAAAAGUUCUCUAUCGUGCUAAAUGAUUGUCUGACCCGUUUUAAGUUUUGUACUUCUAACACUAUUAAAUUUUAUAUAUAAUAUUUGUGUAAAUAAAGAACAUUUUGUCGUAACGAA